AUGGCCGCUUCGCUCCCUCCUCUCCGCCUUGCCGUCGCCUGCGAUGAUGCUGGCCACUCCUACAAGGAAGCCAUCAAAGCUCAUCUAGAGAAAAACCCACUCGUCGCUUCGAUAACAGAUGUUGGUGUCCCUGCUGCAACCGACAAACGGGCAUACCCCCAUGUUGCCGUCGAGGCCGCCCACUUGAUCAAAGAAGGAAAAGUCGACCGUGCUCUUUUGAUCUGCGGCACUGGUCUCGGAGUGGCCAUUGCUGCAAACAAAGUUGCUGGGAUCAGAGCCGUGACCGCUCACGAUCCAUUCAGCGUUGAGAGGGCCAUCUUGAGCAACAACGCACAGGUUUUGUGCUUUGGCCAGAGAGUCAUCGGUAUCGAGUUGGCGAAGAAGCUGGUGGGAGAUUGGUUGACGUAUCGGUUCGAUGAGUCCAGCGCCAGCGCUGAGAAAGUGAAGUGUAUUGGAGAGUAUGAGGCCAAGUUUGGGGAAUCGAAAUAA